AUGUGGUAUAUAAGUCGUUCGUUUUUGGUGAAGUAUUAUCAGUUGCUAUCAUCAACAACAACAACUAUUCCAAUUCCUGACAUGGUACUCUUCUGUCUAAUGGACGAAAUUAAUGGACCCACCGCCUCCCUAGAGAAUGCUCGAGACUUCCUAUUCCAGAAAAACCUCCUAAAGAGCUCCAUGUCCUGUCCUGGGUGUAAUGCAUCUAUGUCCCUGGUUCCCUGCUCGUCCUCGAAGUCUCCAGAUGGACUGAUAUGGCGCUGCUCCCCCUGCAAGAAGUACAAGAAUAUUAGAACAGACAGCAUCCUCUCUGGACAGAAGCUCGCUCUCAAGACCUUCAUACAACUGCUGUUCUGUUUGAGUAUAAAAGGACUAGCUGGCAUUGCGGUAUCACAGAUGACUGGACUUUCUGAAAACGCGGUGUCUGACUGGAAGAUAUUCAUCCACACUCGAAUCGCUGAUUGGCUGCUUGCAAACCCUUGUCCUCUUGGUGGUCCUGGAGUAAUUGUCGAAUUAGACGAAGCUAAGUUCGGAAAGAGAAAAUACAACAAAGGUGGAUACAGAGAGGGUAUGUGGGUACUUGGUGGAGUUGACCGAAACACAGGACAAUGCUUCCUCCUCCCUUGUCCGAACAACAAACGUGGAGCAACUACUCUCCUCCCUCUCAUCCGGCGGUGGAUUCUUCCUGGGUCUAUCAUCUACACAGACGAGUGGGGAGCUUACAACACGCUAACAGCGGAGGGGUACACGCAUGGUACAGUCAACCACACAUACAUGUUCAGGGAUCCCUUAACAGGAAUUCACACCAACACGCAGGAAGGCCUCUGGUAUCACGUCAAGAAGUCGGUAUUAGGGACUAGAAACAUUGAUUGA